AACCAUGUUUUGGAACGGAAGGUGUUGGAGAUGGACCUUGGUGAUGCAACUAUAUCUCCUAUUUCUGACUUCGUGGACAUGGGCUGACACGAAAGCCUUGGCUCCACCUCCCAUCACAGCAGCCUCCUUUCUGCAGGACCUUUUCCUCCGCUAUGGCGAAGAGGACAGGCUCACCUUACCGCAGUUGAAAUCUCUAUUGACACGCCUGGAUGUGGGCAUUGAACGCCACAAUGUCAGUCACCCGCGGCGGCAGCAGCAGCAGCGGAACCUCUCCUCGUGCUUCAGUUCUUCAGAACUCUUUGCCACACACAACCUGAGUGAAUCGUCCCAUCUUGGGCAGAGCGAAUUCAAAGAAUUCUGCCCAACUAUCUUGCAACAGCUGGAGACAAAGGCAUGCAUGCCGGAGAACCUGGAGAAGGAAGAAGAAGAAUGGACGAAGGAAGGGAAGCCAAGUUCUACAGAAGUCUGGGGAUACGGUUUCCUCUGUGUGACCGUCAUUUCCCUCUGCUCCUUGAUCGGGGCCAGUGUGGUUCCCUUCAUGAAGAAGACCUUUUACAAGCGGCUGCUCCUCUACUUCAUAGCUCUGGCGAUCGGUACUCUUUAUUCCAAUGCCCUCUUCCAGCUCAUUCCCGAGGCCUUUGGGUUCAAUCCACAGAAAGAUGAUUAUGUCUCCAAAUCUGCUGUUGUCUUUGGGGGAUUUUAUCUGUUUUUUUUCACUGAGAAAGUACUGAAGAUGCUCCUCAAACAAAAGGACCAGCACCUUCACGGACACAGCCAUUACAGCAGUGAGUCCCUCCCUUCUAAAAAGGACCAAGAAGAAGGCGUCACGGAAAAACUGCAGAAUGGAGACCUGGAUCACAUGAUCCCUAAUAAGAGCAGCGAUCUGGAAUGCAAGAAUCCUUCUGCUGAUCAGAAGGUUGUUAGCACCUUGUCUGUUCAGGACCUCCAAGCAUCUCAAAGCACGUGCUAUUGGUUGAAAGGGGUGCGUUAUUCAGACAUUGGCACACUGGCUUGGAUGAUAACCUUGAGUGACGGCCUUCACAAUUUCAUUGAUGGGCUGGCUAUUGGCGCCUCCUUCACUGUCUCAGUCUUUCAAGGCAUCAGCACCUCUGUGGCCAUUUUUUGUGAGGAAUUCCCACACGAGCUAGGAGACUUUGUCAUUCUGCUGAAUGCUGGGAUGACAAUCCAGCAAGCCCUCUUCUUCAACUUCCUCUCAGCUUGCUGCUGUUACCUGGGCCUAGGCUUCGGGAUAUUGGCCGGUAGCCACUUCUCAGCCAAUUGGAUCUUCGCUCUAGCUGGUGGGAUGUUUCUCUACAUUGCCUUGGCUGACAUGUUCCCAGAGAUGAACGAAGUCAGCAAAGAAGACGAAAGGAGCGGAAGUGCUUUGAUUGCAUUUGCGAUUCAGAAUGCCGGACUGUUGACGGGAUUCGGUAUCAUGGUGCUGCUCACUAUGUUCUCGGGAGAAAUCCAGCUCGGAUAGAGGCGUGCUUGCUGGGAAACUGUAGUUUUUUCCGUCAAGGAUUCCGGGAAGGGGCAUGUUUAUUCAACCUGCUUCUUAGAUCUCUUAUUCAACUGACCUGCACAGGCUGACAACUUUUCUCUCUAGCGUUAAAUGACUGGGGGAUCAUUUCUUAAGGUAACAACAGCAUUUGUCUCUCCCUC